AUGGCAGACUGGAGUGAACUCCCGCCAGAUCUCUUAUUGACAAUAGCAAGAAAGCUGAUCAAUGUUCCAGAUGAUCACUAUCGUCUUAGUUGUGUGUGCAGAUCAUGGAGCCAUGUUAUAUUGGAUUACCUCAACAGAUGUGUCCUUCCUUAUUCUCCUUGUCUGAUGGUUCCCGGCAUCAACUGUGAUGUCACCUGCAAAUUUCGUAGUCUGCUGAGCUUCCCGGUUGGCAAGGAUAUCACCAAAGAAGGGGAGCGUUUGCCCCAAAUUCCGGUGCCUCACAUAGAUCUAUGUCGUGGAUCCUACGAGGGAUGGCUUGUAAUGAUAAAAAACAACUUGAACAUGUACUUGUUGAAUCCGUUUUCUGACCGUCGCAUAGAUCUUCCUUCUGUAACUACCCUGCAGCAGCCUUCCGAUAGAGAGGAACGCCUGUCUAAGUGGGACGUGUACAAAGCAAUAUUAUCAAAAAAUCCUAGUGACGCCUCGGAUUGCUUUGUCAUGGUUCUCUUUGAAGGAUUGGCUUUUUGCAAGCUUGGUGACAAAGUUUGGACACCUAUUCACCAUCAACGUCAAACGUGGGAGGGUUAUAUGGAUGCCUUGUAUUUCAAGGGAAACUUCUACAUUGUAUCAUCCAAUUCAGUGACUUAUAUUUGUGACGUUCGUGCUUCUCCUCAACCAUCAAUGACUAAGAUAGAAGUGGAGCAAUGUUUACUUUGUAGGUUCUUUUUGGUGGAAUCAAGAGGAGAAUUGUGGCAAAUAUAUCGUGCUACCGGAUAUGAUUCAAGUGAGGAUGAGGAAGAAUUUCCUGAAGAUCUUCAUACAGAAGAUCAUGUCAACCAAGCAGAACAAUGCGGUAAUGGUGACCUGAAUUGUUUUGAUAAGUACGAUUUGGUCAAUAAUAAUCAUUAUUUCCCGUCUUCAUUAAAAACGAAAUAUUUUGAUGUUUGGAAGUUGGAUACGGUGGGCGGAUCAAAACCAAGUUGGAUUGAGGUAGAGAAUUUAGAUGGAGUGGCAUUGUUUUUGGGUUUGAAUCAGUCCCUUUCCCUCUCAGAUCCUCACCUUUUUGGGUAUCAAGAAAACCGUAUCUAUUUUACAGAUAGUUGUUGUGGGUCAUACAAACGUGGAUGGCCUUCAGGUUAUGACAUGGGCAUUUUCAACUUCAAGGAUGAUACUAUUGAGUCACUUUACAAAACAAAUUCCAAAUCUGUGGAGCCACCAGCUAUCUGGGUUACCCCCAAGGCAUGGAUUACUCAUAAUUUGAUCUGGUUUUUCCUAACAAUAGUUACUUUUCUUUGUGAUUUUAUUGUGUUUGUUUCCACCAACUGA